GCCACGUGGAAACGUCAGGCGCGGUUGUUCGUUUCCGUGUCUGGUUUUGUCGCCGGCCGUUUCCGAUAGGAAUCGCCGCUUAGCCGAGGCAGCGGACGCGUGGAUGUUUUCCGUCGACAAAGGUGUGGCUGUGCCUCGAACUGUUGUGGAUACGUCUACCCUCGUAAGGCUACUUCCAUGCAAUUUAACACAGAGGCUGCUUUAUUCUAGCGCUGCGGGAAGACACCAAGCCACAAGCCAAGUCGGAAAGCGUUGAAAGCCUCAAGGCCCAGGAAGAGCACAAAUGGGCUCCUUGCUGAUGUACCGGGGCCUACCCGGUGGGCCCACUGAGGUCAAGUUCGCGGACGAACUGUCUCGUCACUGUCUCUGCAGUCAGUGCGGCAUGAUUACGCUGUCCAUGUAUCAAGACCCCAACGAUCACAUGUUUUGCGAUACCUGCCUACACGAGCGGAGCACGAAGUACGGCAAGUUCGAGAUAUUCUGCACCUACGAACGCAAGAACAUCGGCAUUAACGAGAUGUUCGAAGCUCGAGACCUCAUCACGAUACUUCGCGACCAGUACGUGGACUGUCCGAAUAAACCGCAUUGCAAAGAAAAAGUGCCGCUGGAAAACCUACACGACCACUUCGUUGCUUGCAAGCGGCACGUUCAAUGUCCGAACUGCCGCGAGAGCAUCGAGACCAAAAAAUGGAAGGAUCAUCAUUGUCCUUUGGAGACAGAACGAGCUGUAACAAAAGCAGCGGAGAAAAGUGGAGCUUCGAAGGAGGCGGUUAAGGGCAGAGAGCGUCAAGAAAAACAGAAGCCUUCAGUCUUACGCUCUUCAAAAUCCCGUGACAUUGAACCAAGCUCAAGCCAGAGAUGCGGUGGCCGCCAAACUACGGCAGUGUCUAUGUCUCCUGCUGAAACACAUGGGCGGGCUGUUGCGUUUCCACAGCCAGAUCAACUGGUGGCACCUGAAGAACGUGGCGCAGCGGCACCGAUGCAGAACAGUGAUGGAGGAAAUCAUGUUCCCGAAGCGAUACAGGUGUGCGAAUAUUGCCACCGAAAAGUUAAGGACAUCAACAUGGAGCGUCACCAGAAAGCGUGCACCAAAGCUCCAAAACCCUGCGUCUACUGCGAAACGCCUUUUUUUCCCGACUAUAUGCAACGGCAUAUUCAAGAGUGCAAUAAAAACCCCGACAAUGUACCAGAGUGCAACUCGGCAGCACCUGAACCAGGAGCCAUCAACGAACCACCUGAAGCCAACUGCUCAGCGAGGACUGUCUUCGACACCAACCGUGACAUCAAUAUUGGUGGUGGACCUAUCUGGAUGCAGUACUUCGCUUCAGGGGACUGGCUGGGCGCAUUCGUGGCUAUGGAAGAAUCGUUCAGAGACUCAGUCUUAGACCAGCAAGACAGAUAUGCCCGCUUCGCUCCCGCACUCGUCAGCCUUGAGCAGUACCAUUGCGUCGAAGAUUUCUUGGCAAAACCUUCUCCAGUACAGCCUUACUACUGUCUGUUGGCCGCAUUGCUUGUCCGGAAGUACUUGCCACGAAACGUGUGGUCCAGAAGACAGGAAGGGACGUGGAUGGGUGCUCUGCAGUAUAUGCCUUAUUUCUUGGCAUCCGAAUUGAGCGAUGAAGCCAUCGCUUACCUGUGUGCCUUCCCGGUUUUCCUGGAUGAGAUGGGCUGUCAAGAUGUUGGUGCAAACGCCCCGUCUGUCGCACCAUGCCAGCCAUCCCCUAAGCCAGGGCCAAACGGCGUCUCGGAAAAACCAUCCAGUGGCGAAGCUCACGGGGGUGUGAACACAACUGAAACGGACACCCCAAAACCUGAUUUAGAGGGAGAAGCACGCGCAACGGCUGAAUUGGGUAAGCAACAUUCUCCCGUUGAGAGCUAUUCGACUUGGCUGUCAUCUUGGGCUUUCUCCUAUUUCUUGAAUUAUCGGAAUAAUCCUGCACCUAUAGGCACACUGUUUCAGGAAGACGAGGACAAGGCAAGCGCCAAGCUAAAAACCGACGAAAGGGCAAGAAACGAAGACGCUGACCGCACUGUAUACUUGAACGCUUCACCUGAACCGAGCAUGCGCAGCUCCCUGCGAAAUCAAGGUUCGUCGGAUAGCAUUACCAACGCGACUGCAUCGAGCAAACGAGAACUGCUGCUUUCGGCCAUAGCGGGAUCUCCUAGGCGACACCAUGGCCUCCUCCCUAACGCAUCGGAAUCCAGCACCCUGCAGGAGUACCCGGUCAACACGAAUCCUACGCUGGACGGCCAUGCUACUAGAGAUAGCUACCAUCAGGCACAAGAAUUAGACGACACAUUUAGCGCGAUGAGCGUGGCGACCUCGUCAAUGGAAUUAGCGACAUCAGAUAGCGGAAGAGAUCUAUCAUCACCGAAGUAUGCUAGCAGAGCUGACUCUAAUGGAGGAACAGGGGAGUGUCCAGUGACGUGUAGGCAACUUGUUGCUUCUCAGGGAACUGAUGGCAGCACUUGUGGCGCCAGUUAUGAGGAGAUUGAAUACUAUAAACGACGUAACCGGAUGCAUGAGUUUCGAUCAGCUGUUACUCUACCGGAACACUGUCUACAGAUAGAACCGGGGUGUGUUAGCUCUGCAAUGGCUUCCAUGCGGCAUCCGUAUAGACCAAGGGUCGUCUCCUCUCCAGAGCACUCCUCUGCAUUGAAAGGAUGUGCUUCCUCGCUACUUCCGGCAAGAGGCUUAGGCCGGGGGUUGCGAACAACAAGGUGCGAAAUACCGAGAUAUCCUGGUGCUCUCCGAGAGGAUAGCCUGGAAGCAAUGAGCGCGUACGCUGAGCGUGAAGCAAACGUUGAGAGUGCCGAACAUCCGUAUGAGUAAACUGUCGUUGUAAGGACACGUGCAUUGUACAUACACUUCGAUCUACAUUGGGCUAGUGUUCCAUACGAUGUCAUGUAGCAAUAAUAGCAAAUCAUGCAGGAGCAAGAACUAACUGUCAAAAUGUGGUUUAUAAUGAAAAGAAACUACCAGGCGCCUACAAGCUCCGUUCGAAAUCGUGGUGCGUUGUAAAUGCUCUCUCGGGCGUUCGUUCACUGAUUUGCACGUUUUCUAUCUCUGUUUUUUUUUAUUUAGCUUCGUUGCUUUUUGGAUUUAGCUUCGUUAGCACUCAGUUUGUCGAGCCUUUUUUAGUGUACUUUCAAAUAUCCUGUACAAAGUGGCGCGGUUUAGUAAUAAACUUCAGGUGAAAGCUAG